UAAAAAGGGGACGCCCCCGCCCUUCUUUCCCCCGCCCUCAAUUAAAAGGACAUCUAACAACCAACGGUGUUGAUAAACCUAAGCCCAUCCCAAUUCUCUCAUCUCAGUCGUCUCCUCUUUCCCUUCUUCUCCAGCGUCCGAUCUCCCCUCUCUCCUCUCCCUCCAUCCUCAUCACCCUUCCCUCCUCCCCUCGCGCCCAAACUCAAAAACAAAAUAAUCUAUUCCUCCAAUUCUACACCCUAUAUAUAUAAAAGCCUCACUCUCCAUUCCUCCCUCAGGGUUUGGGUAUGGCUGAUUCGUCUCAGGGUGGGACUCCGGCGAGUCCAGGCGGCGGGAGCCACGAGAGCGGCGACCAGAGUCCAAGGUCCGGUGUUCGGGAACAAGAUAGGUUCCUUCCCAUAGCCAAUAUUAGUCGGAUCAUGAAGAAGGCACUUCCGGCCAACGGUAAAAUUGCUAAAGAUGCCAAGGAGACUGUUCAGGAAUGCGUCUCCGAGUUCAUCAGCUUUAUCACCAGCGAGGCAAGUGAUAAGUGCCAGAGGGAGAAGCGAAAGACUAUUAAUGGAGAUGAUCUGCUGUGGGCAAUGGCAACUCUAGGUUUUGAAGAUUAUAUUGAUCCUCUCAAGGUUUACUUGACUAGAUAUAGAGAGAUGGAGGGUGAUACAAAGGGGUCAGCAAAGGGUGCAGACGGGCCUGCUAAAAGAGAUGGUGUGCAACUUGGGCCUAGUCCCCAGCUUGCUCAUCAGGGUUCAUUUUCUCAAGGCAUGAAUUACGGAAGUUCUCAGAUGGGAAUAACCAUCCAAUUCUUCUCCCCAGUGAAAUUUAGCCAAGUGGCGAGGUCAGAAUGUAAUGAUCCAAAUGCAAGGCAUGGAGUAGAUUUUGCGUCUGUUUGUUUGAUCAUUUGUUAAUGUGCUUAGAAGUCGUCAUUGGAGUUCUUGAGAUAAAUACAUGUAAGCUUUUACUGUGAACUGAUUGUAACAACUGGUUUUAGCUUUCCUGUGUUAGUACUAUAUUCUGGUUAAAUGUAUGUCUCUGGUGCUUUUCAAGUAGGUCUGAUUAUUUAGUUAUAGAGCUAUGAACUUUGUGGGCUUUUGUAA